ACAGCAACCACCUCCAAUGAUCUCCAGAUCAAUUCCCAAAAGACAGGCUCUAGCCUCCAUCCGACAAUUGUCAAAUACAUCAAGACUCCUCCAAGUCACAGAACAACAAGAUCAACCCCAAGACAAGAAGUACACCCGUGAUGAACUCACGUAUGGAAAAUUAUCCCCUGCCCAGAAAGCCUAUCUUGACCGAGUAAUCCGAGUAGACCAGGCUGGUGAAUUGGGUGCCAAUUACAUAUACUUGGGUCAAAUACUAGUUCUUGCAUCAAGAUACCCCCACUUGAAGCCCUUGCUUACCCACAUGCGAGAACAGGAAAUACACCAUCAUAACACCUUCAACGAUUUACAAGUGCGCAGAAGAGUUAGACCUUCAUUGAUCACUCCCUUGUGGAAAGUAGGUGCUAUUGGAAUGGGGAUGGGUACGGCCUUGCUUAGUAAAGAGGCAGCCAUGGCAUGUACUGUCGCUGUCGAGACUGUCAUUGGUGGUCAUUACAAUGAACAAUUACGAGUAUUGAUGAAUCAGUAUAACGUGCCAAUUUAUGACAAGCAAGGGAAAGUUGUCGAUAAGAGUGAAGUUACCCCCACGGCCAUAGUUUCAGAAGAAUUGACUAGUUUGAAGGAAAACAUUAAGUUAUUCAGAGAUCAAGAAUUGGAGCAUUUGGAUAUUGCCCUUGAAAACGAUGCUGAAAAGGCCGUACCAUACAAGUUGUUGACUGAAGGUAUAAAAACGGUUUGCAAAGGAGCCAUUUGGGCUGCUGAACGAAUCUAGAUGAAAGUUUAUGUAUAUACGAAGAAAUAGAAAUAGAAAUAUGAUGUUACCUUAU